CUUUCUUCUCUAGGUGUCUGUCAGAAGGACUCUUCCAGACAUCCAAACCAUCCCCGAACAGCCCACUGGGGGCCCGAAAGCAAGGAGCGGCAACUUCCGGAGAGGAGCUGAGGUAGCCAUGUUUCUGUAAUUUCACUACAAAAUGACAGGAUGGUGCUAAACAAUGUGCGUUUGUUGACCAUUUUGUUUAAUUCAUGUUUCCAUUUCCUGAGACAGGCUGUUGCUUCAGGAUACAAAAUGACAGCAGUCGUCUUUAGUCCUAGCAAGAAUGUCAUGAAUGUGGAUGAGGUCCAAAGAAAGGGCUAUGCAAUAGCCAACACUCCCACACGGCUGGUGUUAAGAAGCCCUCAUAAUGCAGAGGAGACAUACCUUCAGAAUGUAGCUGGGGUUCCGAUGCGGGUGCUCUCAACCUCAACCUUCUUUGAGCAGAAGUGGCUGGUUACUCGAGUAGAUGCCACGGCUGUUUGUCCAACACCAGGGGCAGUUGCCUUUACUCCAGAAGUGAUCACCUGGUACAUGCCCAAGCACAUAGACCCACUUUUCUCCUCUGAUGCCUUCACCAUGUUGGAGGUGUACAUGGGAAUUGACGCUAAGAGGCUGAACACUGAGGAAAUGGCUGCCAGAAACUUCUCUGUUUUAGUCACAGAGGCUCAUAUUAUUGUUGAAAUUCCGGUGGGGGCGGUUGGCGGCUAUUUCAAGAGCCAUAUUCAGGAUGACCAGUACUUUGUCACUUACACCAUUGAGCCCAUGCUUGAGUUGCUGUGGAUCGAGGAGCUCGCACACGAGGACACCAGCUAUAAAGUCCUCUUCCCUAUCACAACACCUCCGAUGGCCAGGCCUCCACAAGUUCGCAACUACACACCCUUAGACACAGUUCCUGAGCAGGCAGUGUUUGUGCUUGAGUUGGGGACCUUCAACCUUGAUGUGGAGCUGCUGAACAUCACCUUUCCCACCAUGGUGCUAACUGUUGCAGAGUGCAACGCCAGGGGCUUCAAUGUUCAGGAGCAGAGAUCCCCGGACAACACCUUGAAGACCUUCAGGAUGGAGGUGCCCUUCUCAGACCCGGUGGUCUUUAAGGAGAGAAGGGCGGAACAAGGGGUCACAACCUUCACUCUUCAGCUGAUCUACGGCCUGGUCAUCUUUCCAGAGUACGCUCCUUUCUCUCACUCUGCCGUUGUGGACGCUGUACUGCUGGACAUUGUGCCACCCUCAGUCACUGGCAACUGUGAUCAGGAGAACUUCCACAUCACUGUGGAUUACAGGAACCAAGAGCCCUUUUUUGUAGUCUUGGUUGGCAAGCGGCUGCUUAACCAUGAGUUUGCUCAACGGUAUUUAACAGAGGGCGACACAGACUUCACCAUCACGUUGCCCUUCUCUUCGCCGGACGCAGUGUUUGAGUCGGUUCACUCGUCCUCUGUCAGGAGCAGACUGGAUGUGGCUCUGUUGAAUCCUUACAACAACAUGACCAUCAAAUACUUUUCCCUGGCUUGCAGCUUCCUCAAAACGCUGACUGAGUGUUUCUCUAACGGAACGAUGACUGCGCUGGCGGUGAAGGUGGAUUCUGUUCCCGGUCUGAACCCCGGUCAGCUGACCCUGAGCGACCCCGCCUGUGGUCCCACCUACAGUGACGAUCGCUUCGCCUACUUCCACUUCACUGUGAACUCCUGUGGCACCACCAGGAAGUUUAUCAACAAUGUCAUGCUGUAUGAGAACGAAAUCUCCUUGCCAGAUGAACUUGAGGUGAAGCUGAAUGCCACGACGUCUUCAGAGGAGGAAUAUCAGUUAAAGGUUUCCUGCUACUAUGUGGCCAACAUCACUCGCACAUUGGCCUUCCUGACCCGGCCGCGUGACAACGAGCCUUUUGCCGAGACUGGGAAGGGUCGACUAAUGGUCAGAAUGAGACUCGCUCAGGACGCCUCGUAUAACACGUUCCACCAGGAGGAGGACUAUCCAGUGGUGAGGUACCUGAGACAGCCUCUGCAAUUUGAGGUGGAGCUGACCACGACCUCUGAUCCCAAGGUAGCGCUGGUGCUUGACCACUGCUGGGCCACCCUCAACGAGGACCGUGACUCCCGACCCCGGUGGAAUCUCAUCAUUAAUGGCUGUGAGAACCCCGAGGAUCCAUACAGUGUGGUCUUCCACCCGGUAGUAGCUGAUGCCAGGGUCCACUUCCCCCCUCACGUCAAACGCUUUGAGGUCUAUAUGUUUUCCUUCGCUGAGGAUGCGGUUGAGCCGAGUGGCCAGGUCUUUGUCCAUUGUGAUGUGGUCAUCUGUGAUGCCAGUAGUCCCUCUGGCGGCCCCUGUAGUGGACAAUGUGUGAAUCAGGACAACCCGAAAAGAGGACCUGAGCCCUAGGACCAUGCCCCAGGACUACCUGACAUGAUGACUCCUUGCUGUCCCCAGUCCACCUGGCUGUGCUGCUGCUCCAGUUUCAACUGACCUGAGCCCUAGGACCAUGCCCCAGGACUACCUGACAUGAUGACUCCUUGCUGUCCCCAGUCCACCUGACCGUGCUGCUGCUCCAGUUUCAACUGUUCUGCCUUAUUAUUAUUCGACCAUGCUGGUCAUUUAUGAAUAUUUGAACAUCUUGGCCAUGUUCUGUUAUAAUCUCCACCCGGCACAGCCAGAAGAGGACUGGCCACCCCACAUAGCCUGGUUCCUCUCUAGGUUUCUUCCUAGGUUUUGGCCUUUCUAGGUAGUUUUUCCUAGCCACCGUGCUUCUACACCUGCAUUGCUUGCUGUUUGGGGUUUUAGGCAUUGUUUCUGUGUAGCACUUUGAGAUAUCAGCUGAUGUACGAAGGGCUAUAUAAAUAAAUUUGAUUUGAUUUGAGUCGGAUUAAAAAUAACUGUUGCCGCUCUGGGUAUGGACCCUAAAACGUAGUUCUGAACUAAUAUUCAUACCAAUCAAUGAACCUUAAGUCUGAAUGGCAUUAAUGAAGCCUAGAGUAGAAUAUACCUUUCAUUGUGCCAAGGAUGCAAGACCUAUAUACACAUGUAUUUUAGUUAUUACCACGUAUGAGAUUCCCAUAUUGUAGCCUGUACAUUGUACUCUUCCCUGGCAAAUAAAGGUGCGGUUCAGGCAUGACACUUUAAGUCAUAUCAAACGA